AUGGUCUUCAUUCUCGGCGUCAACUUUCCUGAGCGGAACCUGCUCAAGAAGUCCCUUGAGACCUUCUUCGGAGUCGGUGGCAACACUUCAUCCCGCCUCUUGGCCCGCUUUAACAUCCACCCGACUUGCCGCGUCGGCGAGCUGGCCAACAAGCAGGUCCUCGACCUGACCGCUGUCCUUUCCGACAUGAAGAUUGAAAAUGACUUGCGCCGAGAGGUUUUGAAUGACAUCAAGCGCUUGAAAGAGACCGGUACCUACCGUGGUCGUCGCCAUGCGCUCGGCUUGCCUGUUCGCGGCCAGCGCACACGGACUCAGAUCAAAACUCCUGUCCGGUUGAACCGGAUGGAGCGUCGCCUUUAA